AUGUCUUUGGACGUGGAAGGCGACAAAAGGCUUAUCGACGAAUUGAAGAUCGCAUGGCAAUGGCAUUACGACAUCACCUGGCUCAAGAACCCGCCUGCCGAUCGGGAAAACGGCUCACUAGAUCUCAUCACUGAGCUGGACCAGAUCAAGAUCAAUCUAGAGAUAUUCGAGAGUGAGUCCCAGGUGCAAGUGGCCAUCAAAAAGAUCACGGUGCGCUCCGGUGACUACCAUCUCAACUACAUGGAAACAUCACCGAGGACAAAAAUCUCAGAUGUCGCGAAGAUCAACGAUAACGACGCUUGGCAAUACCUCGAGAACCUCGCGCAAUGGGAGCAAUACCGUGACACCGAUGGUCGAAUCAACAGCCUGUGGGCUAAGGGUGAUACUCUUACACCCGGGGCAUUUAUGGUCCAGUCUCGGUUUGAUGGUGCUGAGACCAACAUUACCUUCGCCAACGGGACAACUAUCGAACUUAUAAACACGGCGUGGACAAAUGAAGAUUUUACAGACGUGAAGGAAGGCAAGCCCUUCCACGAAAAAUUCUGUCAGGGAGACAUCUUUGGUGCGCGUGCCGGUGACAACGACUAG